AUGUCAGAAUUUAAACUCGUCAACUCCAACGAGCCAGUUCCCGGCGCGGGGAUUCCACCUUCGGAAUUCACCCUCAAAGCAACGCCUGUAACAGACGUCUGGGCCAAACCUCCCUCCACAAUUUCCUUUAAUGCGCCGAUCUUCUACCAAGAGAUCCCUCUCGAAUCAUUUAAGCGAGCCAGCGUCAAUUUCAAUGCCAAAUGGGUUCAAAAAUACGACCAAGGUGGUCUGAUAAUGGUGCUCAACAAAACCGACGGGUCUCAGAAAUGGGUUAAAGCCGGGAUUGAAAUGACGCACGGUAAACCACACAUUAGUGUUGUGUGUAAAGAUCAGUGGGCAGAUUGGAGCAUACGUCCUGUGCCAUCUGGGGGUCAAGCUGCGAAACUGGAAUUGGUUAGAGAAGCAGAUGAUUCUCUAUGGAUUUACCUGGUUGAGGGUGAACAGAAGUCGCCUAUUCGGGAGGUAACGUGGCUUUUCUUUGAGGAGAAUGUACAGGAGACUUGGGCUGGAGUUUAUGCGGCACGACCUUCGGAACAUGGUGGGGAGUUGACUGUUAACUUUGGCAAUCUUGUUGUUGAUUUGGCAUAG